AUGUCGACCAUACUCCCUCCGCCAGUGAGCUUCCUCUCCCUUCCACCAGAGCUCCACGAGAUGAUCUACGGGUGUAUCCCAACCACUAUUGUGCAUCGGCCAAUUCGGCCCCUCGACACAGAUGAAACUUCUGCUGAAGCCAGAGAAAGGUCCUUCUUUCCUGCGUCAACCAUUCGUCAAACGUGCAAGUUCAUUGGUCGCAGUGGACAUUACUCGAGAAGGCCCGAGCAAGAGUAA